AUGAAAGAAUUAAUAGGGAGGUCACGAAAUGAAAGGAAGUUGGACGGUAUUUAUAAUAAACAGAGGGAUGUCUUAAUUAAUCAACAUAAAAAUAAUCUGAAUAAAUAUAACAAUGAUAUAUAUUCAAAUUUAAGCAAAAGGAAAGUAAAUGAGUCUAUACCUUUUCCAGAAAUAUAUGAAAACAAAAAGAAAAAAAUAAAUAAUGAACCAACUGUAAGUGAUGACAAAAAAAAAAAUGACGUGGCCAAGGAUAAAGACGACAAAAAUAAUCCGGAGACUUUAAGCAAUGAAAAUCAUAACACAAAUGGAAAUGGUAGUAUAACAAUAUAUAAAGGAAUUUAUAUGAUAAUAUAUAAGCAUAUAUAUUCAAAAAAUAAAUUUGCAAAAAGUGUUGAUGUUUUUGUAAAUAUAUGCAUUAAUUAUAUGAAUAAUGAUAAUAAAAAUAUUUUCUUUUAUUCUAUUGAUAAAUUAAUAACAGUUUUUCAUGAAAAGUAUUUAUAUGAUUAUGAUAUUAAAACAACAUAUAAUGUAUACACUUUCCAUAAUGAUAAUAAAUUACAUCUAAAAUCAAUGCUCUCUUUAUGUAAUAACGUUUUAAAUAAAAUAAUAGACAACGCAUUUGUGAUAACCAACAACGAAGAAACCAAGAAUAAUAAUUCGGAUAAAUCUUUUGAUAAUAGUGAUGAAGUAAGUUUACAUAAAAAUGAUGCGUCUCAACAUUCUCCAGAACCUACUGAUAAUGAAAAGGACACAAAAAAUGAUGCAAAUUCAAUCUCUAAUCAAACAAAUUUAAAUAAUGAAGAAAUUCAUUUAGAUAAAAAAAAAAAAAAUACAGUAAAUAUAACAAAAGAAGAAAAAAAAUUUUUAAAAGCACUUAAAAUUAAAUUAUAUUAUUUAAUUAUAUUAUUUAAAUUAAAUGAUAAUUUUGUUUUUAAUAAAUUAAUGAGUAUUUAUAGACAAAUUUUUGAGGAAAUACAGAAUGAGUAUAACACAUUUGAACAGCAAAUUACACAGGAUAAAGAAAAGGAAAAAAUUCCAAAAGAUCACACAGGUAAAGAAAUGGAUGCCAAAACUAAUGAAUCCGAUCAAAAACAUAUUGAUCAUAUUAAUGCAUUUGAUGAACAACAGUUUAUUCUUAUUAAUGAUCAAUGGGAAAUACCAAAUGAAUAUGAAAUAUAUAAAAUAAAAAGAAAUGCAUUUGUUAAAUGCUUAUCAUAUUUAAUUAACUUUAUAAAUCUUAAUUGGGCCAAGACACUUGUAGAAAGUUUGCUACAAGAUGUAUAUCUAAAAAAGUAUAUUUUUGAUACAUGUGAUGAAAUCAUUAUUGAAAAUUUACAAUCAACCGUAAAAUCAAAUAUUAACAAAAGAAAAAAUAAAAACGAUUCAUAUCACGUUUUAUCAAUUGGAGAGUCUCUAAACCCUAUUAAGGAUGCAAGAGAAGAAAAAAUUGUUUCAUUACAUGGGUCUCAUGUUUGGUCAAAUAAGCAAAUGGAGCGCUAA